AUGUCUGUCUACCUAUUUGCUGCUGUGGGUCUGCUUCUACCGCUGUCGGUGGUGGCCCUGUCUCUUGUCCUCCCAGGGGUCUCUGGCAUUGAGAACAGUCCGUGGAGGGUCUCAGGCCCGGGCAGGGGUAGGGGUCGUUGUCCAGGACGCGUGGCGGAAGUCUGCGUCCAGCGUGCAGGGCGCGGAGCCGGGGUCUGGGUCCCGGGCGCAGGGCGGGGUCGCGGGCCGCCUCACUUCCGCCGGACGCGGCAUAAGGGGCCAGGGCGCACGGUGCGCCCGGGGUGGAUGGCGGCGGACACGGGCGGCGGGAACAGGCCGCGGCUGAAGUUGAGACGCCGGAGGCCGCCCUCGGAGGCCGGAGCCCCCGCCUCUGUCCCCAGACCCCCCGGCGGCCGCCCCUGGUUUCUGCAGGAGACCGGGAGCAGGAGCGAGAGCGCUGAGCCCUGGGCUGAGCUGCUGCGCACCGUAUUCCCAGACGUGGACCUGGCCACAGCGCCCCCACCGCUGCCCGCCUUUCCGCGCCAGGAGCCCAGGCGCCAUCCCGAGCACGCGGCAGCUGUUGAGGUCUUCACCGUCGGAGGCAGGGACUUUUCCUGGACGCCCUUCCCGCCAGUUCCUGGGCGUGGCGCCUGCUCCUACCGUGUGCUCCAUGGGACCGGGGGAGGCCCGGGGUCCCCCACCAGGUCCCCAUCCCGAUGCCCCAAGCCUGAGCCCCAGGUAACCCCCCUUGCCAAGGAACGGCCGUUGGUGGAGGAGAAGCCACUGUCGGUGGAGGAGGCACCAGCCCUGGUGUGCUGCCCCAUGUGCCAGGCAGAGUUCAGCCCCAGGCUGUCCCAGCUGGACAUCGAUGCCCACCUGGCUCAGUGCUUGGCGGAGAGCACAGAUGACAUGGCGUGGUGAUAUUGACACCAGUCGGUGCUCAGCACGGCCCACCAGGGGUCGGCCACUUACCCCAUUCCGGCCCUUCAUUGGCCCUGCCAAGCCGGCAUGGCCUGCAUACUGCCUGGGGCCUUGGCCCCUGCCCCACCGUGACUGCGUCACCUUCACACCGGAACAUCCACAUUAAAGAUGUUGCACUGGAA